CAACAGCAACACAAGACAAGACAGAGGACUGCUGCAAAGUGCAGACACAAGCUUCACUAGAUUCCCAUAAUUCUUCUGCUGGAUAUCAGGAUAAUUCAGUUUCUUUCUCUCUGUUUUGGCUAAAAGAAAACAAGAAAAAGAUGGAUACUUCCAAGUACAUGGAUAAGCAAAUCACCGAACUUUCCCAAUCCCAGUCCCUCAAUUUCAUGGGCGAUGAUGAUAAACAAGAAGUACAAGAUGGGGAUCAUGGCUUCGAAUUCGACACUGUUCGCUCUCUUUCAAAAUCCCACAACAAAGAUCUUGAUGGAACCAGCCUUACGGGUUGGAGUUCCAUGGGUCGCAUCGAUUCUGCAAAAUUCUCUGCCGAGAAAGUUGGGGCUUCCAGCAAUGCAGCAUUGAUUUCUGAGAUCGAUAGAAAGAUGAAGGAGCAUGUUGACAUAUUGCUACACUCUGUGGAGUGUCUCAGCGCUCGAGUGUCUCAAUUGGAAAGUAAAACGCACCAAAUAGAAGAUGUUGUUGAUGAUAUAAAGGAAUUAUUGGAAUUGAAUCAAGGGAAAACUGAUGGGAAGCUAAGGGAAAUGAAGAAUAUUCUUGUGGAGGUUCAAGGUGGUGUCCAAGAUUUGAGAGAUAAACAAGAGAUAGCAGAGGCUCAGCUACAACUGGCAAAGCUUCAAAUGUCCAAAAAUAACCAGCAAGUGGAAAAGCAAAAUGUCACUGGUCAAGCAUAUGAAGCACCUUCAUCGGUCUCUCAGCAAUCCCAUCAGCUGCUUCCUGUUCCAGGUGCUAGUCCACAACUUCUUUCUCCUGCUUUCAGUGUUACAAACAUACUUCCGCAGAUUCAUCCUCGGGCAACAGCUCCAGCAACACCUGUUGCAACAGCACCACAGCUUCCCACCCAUCUCCUCCAGAACCAGACGACCGCCCCCUCUGUUCCAAAGCAAGAACCUUACAAUCCACUGGUAGUUCCUACUCCAGAUAGCACAUAUCAGCAAUACCAGGUUCCUCCAGCUCAACAGUUGCCACCAAUACCCUAUAAUCACCAACCUUAUCAACCAAUGCCUCAUUUUCCCCAAAAUUCGCAGUCACCCCAACUGCCUCAAGUGCAUCCAGAUUCCAGUAUGGUUAAUCUUCAAGCCCAUUAUCCAUCAAGCCUUCAUACUGAAGUUCCUUAUUCACCACCUCAUAGCAUCUCUCAGCCACCUGGCAGGUCUCCGCCUCUCCAACAGUAUAAUGUGGGUUCUACCCAGCAGAUCUAUCCUCAACCCCCAAACAGGCAUUAUGUAGAGUCUACUCUUGCAAGUUUGCCAGCACAUGCGAAAACAAACAUUAUGGACUCUUACCAUUAUGGUGCUUCUCCAUGCAACAAUGGCAGUUCAUCUAUAAAACCAUCGCAACCCAUACCAUCUCCUCCGGUCCUGGCUGGUGAAAGCAUUUACAAACAAUUACCGACUGCCCGUCUACUGCCGAAUGAUAUACCAUCUGCCUCUAAUGUGGAUGCUGGCUCAGGAUCAGGUUCUGGUGGGAGUGCAAACAGGAUACCAGUUGAUGAUGUUGUUGACAAGGUUGCUACGAUGGGAUUUCGUAGAGACUUGGUGAGAGCAACAGUGAGAAAAUUGACGGAGAAUGGGCAGUCAGUUGACUUGAAUACGGUGCUUGAUAAACUGAUGAAUGGGUAACCUUGCCACAGCAGGGUGGAUUCAUACAUUGAAAUUAUAUGUUGUUUUCAGCUGAUUUGAUUGGUUGAUUUACCUGGAAUAUCAUAUGGCACUAGCCUUUUGUGUAUAUACAUUCCUUGAUUGAUAGGUUUUUACACCAUUUCCUAGUUUCGUCCAA